GCAAUUCGUCUUCGUUGUCGUUGUUUUUAUUCAUCUUCAUGUUCUUAAUCCUUGGGGGGUUUUAGUUUAGUGUCCAUUGCAGAGGAGGAGGACAGAGUAUGAUGAGGGUUGUGGUGGUGGUGGUCUUGCUGUUGUCUCAGCUUUCCUAUGCUCUCUGCCGCCUUGUCGUAGCCGAUGAGAUCAUCCCAGCUCAUCUAGGUGGCACCCUUAGUCGCGGCUCUCGUGAAUCAAACUACAAUAUUGAAUUUCAUCCUGAAGACUCACCUUUUCGUCCAGAUGAUGACCAGGAGGCUGUGGUUAUGCCCAAUAGCAAUGGGGAAAAUUUCUUAUGUUACUUGCCUAAGGUAGAGAAAGCCAAGAGUGGAAAGCCAGUUGCUCAGCAUAAUACGACCGGCAUGAUAGUGGAGACUGAGAAACGGGUGAAGUUGAAGACACCAGAUGAGUUGCUUGAAGAACACAAGGGCCAAUGCUUUGUUAGACAAGAGGGUUGGUGGACAUAUGAAUUUUGCUAUCAUCAGAAAUUACGUCAGGUCCAUUUGGAAGAUGAAAAGGUGGUUCAGGAGUUUGUCCUGGGUGUUUAUGAUGCAGAGGCCACGGUUGCUUUUAACCAGAAUCUUUCCGAUAUUUCUACGCUGAAAGAUCCUCGCUCAAAGGAUGCAUCCCUAAGGUAUCAUGCUCAUUUAUAUACAAAUGGAACCACCUGUGAUCUUACAAAUCAGCCAAGAGAGACUGAGGUGAGAUUUGUAUGCUCGGAGCCCAGAGUAAUGAUUAGUUCUAUUACAGAGCUAUCCACCUGCAAGUAUGCACUUACAAUUCAAACCCCAAUGCUCUGCAAGCACCAAUUGUUCCAAGCAGAGAGACCAGUGUGGCAUAUCAUUCACUGCAACACACUUCCUAAGAAUUACAAGGAAACAAAAGUGAAUAAGGAAUUAAAUAAGCAGAUUACUGUGGUAACAGACAAUGAAGAUGCAUCAAGUUAUGAUCCAGAGCAAUGACUUAGAUCCAUAUACUCUGAAACUCUGUGUCAAUAUCAGGGAGACGAGUCCACACAACUUAUCACUGUACGGAUUUGAUAUAUAUAUAUUUUCUCUCACUUCUGGUUGAGACAGAUCCAUAGCCCUUAAUUCCCCCUUUUUUAUAUAAUAAUUCUCCUUUUUGCAAGCACCUUUUAGGGGCUCUCUUUUUCUUUUGUUAAUGAAAGAGGCUGUAAGAAGUUACACGAACCAAAUAAAAAACAUUAUACACAUUUCAUGUAACUUCUUGUUCUUUUAGGACCUAAUUGUUGUAUGGACAGUAAUUCCCAGCCGAAUAUCACAUCUCUGUUGACAAUAUCA